AGUUGGGAGAGUAGUAUCGAAUACGGCACAGCAGUUUCCUCCUUCUCCGCACGGCACUGAGGCAACCAAUUUGCAUCUGAGUGUCUCGCUCGUACUCUUCUUGUUGAACAAACAAACAAAACUAUUGGUUGACGAUUGUGGGGCUUUCCCAAGGCCACCGCAGAAAGUACGCUCCUUUUUUGUUUUCCUUUUCGACGCAGGCCAUCCCAGGGGUGACCUUGGCGAUGCACACAAACACAUGUGGUGCGGAGGAUCCACAGCCUCCAGCGCCCACUGCGCCUCUUCACAUCCCUUCUGCUCAAGGGAGAGAGGUGCCGAGGACUGAUUUUGCAGACCAUGUUGAGGAACGUGAUCCGCUGCGCGGCGAGGGUGUCGUUUUCGUGGAUACCGGCGUGACAAUCACACAUCGUCAUACGUGCUGCUCAUGGGCGCGAAGGAUCUGCGUUGUCCUGGCGCUCGCACUCACCCUCUACCUCAUCGUGGAUGUCUACCUGGCGUGCUGGGACCUGUACAAGUAUGGCACGCAGCCGGACCCGUACGAUGAGGGGUACAAUAAGGCUCUCUGGUGGUUAUGGUGCUUCGUACCAGCGCUGCUGGAGUGCGGUGCGAUGAUUGUGUUUCUCCUGCGUGAGCUGUGUCCCUUCAGCUGCUGCAGAAGACCAGUGCCAACAAACGGCAGCGUGAACGACGCGGAGAACGGCAACACGCACCGGGCACGCGACGAGCGAGUCGGUGCCGUGAAGAGGGGGCGAAUGCUGAAUAGGUGUGCGCUGUUGGUCACGUUCUCUCUCUUCACUGCCGUUGCGUAUCUUUACAACUUCCGCGCCCCCUUUUACCCGCUGUCCCACCUCGUCCUCCACGUUCGGUGCAUCUGGGUGACUCUUCUGCGAUCCCUGUUCCUUUUCCUCUACGCCCUCACGAUCAUUUUGGACUAG